AUGUAUAUAUGGGCGGGCCUUGGGUCCUUUCGUCCAUGCGCGACCUCUAUCGCUCUGCCCCCCUUCCCCCCCAAUCCCCAGAUCAAUACACGCUCUCGUCGAGGUUUGCUUGGAACUCUACUAAAGUCACCGCUGGCCGGUCUCAACGCAGCUUUUACCCUCUUAUACACAGUCCCACCCUCAGCAACCUCACCGCACCGCCACCUGUCUGCAUGCCUCUGCUCGUGGCGCUGGAAAUCGAUACAUCACCCAUUCCUGCAUACUUUCACCACUGCGCAACAUGCUUGUCACCUCCUCCGGCCUCCUCAGCGUCGCCGCUCUGCUCUCCGUCACCAGCAGCGUCAGCGCUUACUCGGACCUUUAUGUAAACUUUCCAGGACAGCUUGUGGCCCGCAAGUUCGAGCUCGCUGAGCAGUAUUACAACCUGUUCGUCGCGCGUGGCAACGAGCACAAGGUCCACGAAGGCGUCGACAAGCUCCACGGCGAGCACAAGGAGCACAAGAGGGAUAACAAAGAGGACAAUGAGGAAAGCCAGAAGAAGGGCAAAGAGAGUGAAAAGGACAAGAAGAAAACAAAAAAGCACAAGAAACAUAACAUGGAGAAGGAGGAGACGCUCAAGCUGGAGGAAGACCAGAAGAACUCCCAUCACAAGGAGCACCAUGGAAAGGAGCAUCACGGCAAGAAGCACCAUGAAAAGGAGCAUCACGGCAAGAAGCACCAUGAAAAGGAGCACCAUGGAAAGGAGCACCACGGUAGACAGCAACUCGCACAACAGCCUCAGCAAUUAUUCAUGACGCAGCCUCAGCAACGCGCGGCAGUCGAAGCAAACGGGCAAACGUCUCGGCCUGCGUCUAGUCGGCCUGAGGACAAAGAAAUCCCGCACACGCACAUUUCGGCGCUGAAGGCGUACCAGAAGGACGGCGAGCACAGCAAGGGCAACUAUCAUGUCUUGUGCUUUGCCAAUGGCGAGGCGCGCUCGUGGGCCUUCAAGGACGGCGAGGUCGUCGCUGGCAAAUACCGAGGCGCGUCGCAUCUCACUCAUGGCGAUGACCCCAAGAAGCCUGCUGCUGAUGCGACGAAGAAGGACGACAAAGAUGAGAAGCCGGCGGCGGCGACGGACGAUGCUGCAAUGAUCACGACGGUGGACAAGGCCAAAGCAGCAACAGGGGAGAACAAACCUGCAGCUGCCAAGCCGGCCGACGACAAGAAAGCGGUUGCGGACCCACACGCUGCGGACGGCCACCCACCGGUGUGCAUCGCGUUCAAGAUGGACGACGAACAAGCCGGGCCAGAGCCGGGCCAGUCGGUGACGACAACAGACAAAAAUGCAGGUGCAGUGGCCAAAGAGGCAGAUGACAAGAAGCCUAAGACGGACAGCAAGGUAGUCCCAGUGCAGCACGUGCUGCAGCGCGGGCAUCACAACAGCUCGUUUGACGGUCUGCUGCCGCGCCAGGUCGACCUCUCCGGAUCGACGGUAUACUUUGACUAGACAAGGGCAUGUUCCGCGAAACUCUUCAUCUUUACCUGCGUUCAUUCGCUCUGCUUUUUUGCUUUUUGCUUGUUUUUGUAACGGGUAGCAUGGUUCCUGUAAUUAUUUCUCUAUUUCCAAAACGGAUCUUACUUUGCAG